AUGCUUUUAAUUUCUAUUGUUUCUUGUCUAUUCAUUACUGUUCUAGCUAAAGAUGCCAAUGUCCGUAUGGGCUCUCAGUGCUCUAAAAAUCAAGUAGUUCGAAAACUGACCGUUUAUGAGGAUGGGGCACUCGAAGCAGAAUGCGGACCAGUUCCAUGUGGUGAAGUUGGAAGACGUUGUAUUGAUGAUCAAACAUCUUGCCGUGCCGAGACCGAUGUCUUCUCCGGAAUGAGAUGGGCUCCAAACGGUGAGAGUAUCCUGCUCCGUUGCUGUACCAUGCAAGCCAAGAAUAAGAUCUAUGUUGGAACUGAUGUUGUGUCUGCUGGAAGCUUCUACGAGGGUGGAGAAGUUGCCGAGAAGGAUCUUUACGGAGACAAGGGAGGAGCCGAAUACGAUUUUGUUGCUAACGCCAGAACUGAACAAGGAGGAGUCCGUGUUUGGGUUUACCGUAUGAUUUGUGCUAAGGGAGAGAAGCCAGUUGACUUUGAGCCAAUCACUACCACAGCUGUUCCAAAGGUUGUCAAGACGACCACUCCAGAACCAACUACACCAGUUGUUGAGGAGGAAGAGGAUGAGAAUGAGCAAUUGGAAGGAGAAGAACAAACAAAUGAGAAUGUAGCUGAAGUUGUUGAGAGCAACGACGGAGAGGAAGAAGUUGAGGAGGAGGACGAGGAAGAGGAGGUUACGACAACUCCAGAGCCAAAAGCCUUCAACCCACUUCGUUAUCGCCCACCACACUUCCCAAGACAAUCCACCGGAGUUCGUCGGUCCUAA